AUGUCCGAUUGGGCCACUCCUACACAGCAUCCCGAACACAUUAAACCCUUGAAACGUGGCAGUACUUCAUUGGAUAUGAGAAUCAACGGUCGAGAUCUCAGAGAGGAAGAGGCAGGGUAUCGAUCGUACGGUAGGGAAGAGAGAACCGCUCAAACCUCAGUGGGAACGACUUCGUACGCUGCCACCGAGGUCUGUGUCUGUGGAACAGUUUUGCGGUUCGGGUUUUCAUUUAUGGAUCCGGGCGCGAUGAUGAACGAGGGUUCCUUUGCGAAUAAUGACAGCGGCAAUACGGCGCCGUAUAGCUUGGCGGAGAUCUGGCCGUUUCCGCAAGCGAUUAAUGGCGGCGGAGGAUUGGGUCUCCGAAGCCCGCAGUUUGGACAUGGACCGGGGCAGUUUGGGGAUUUCCCUCCCGGACCCAACCAUGGGCUUGGGCCCAGUAACUCCAGAAAGCGGCGCGACUCCGACGACGAUUCCGCUAAGGCCGUGUCCACCAGCAAUGCCGCGAAUGAGAGUGAUGGAAAACGUGUUAAAGCAACAGGGAAUAGUGAUGGUAAAGGUGAAGGAGAAGUCAGUUCAGGAAAGCCUGCGGAGCAAAGCGCAAAGCCUCCUUUGGAAGCUCCUAAGCAAGACUACAUUCACGUCCGAGCCAGAAGGGGUCAAGCCACUGAUAGCCACAGUCUUGCAGAACGAGCUCGAAGGGAAAAAAUCAGUGAAAGGAUGAAAAUUCUUCAGGAUUUGGUCCCUGGUUGUAAUAAGGUUAUCGGGAAAGCAUUGGUCCUUGAUGAGAUAAUUAAUUAUAUCCAAUCUCUUCAGCGCCAAGUUGAGUUUUUGUCAAUGAAGCUUGAAGCAGUGAAUUCGAGACUGAACUCCGGUAUUGAAGCCUUUCCUUCUAAGGAUUUUGGUCAGCAAGCAUUUGAUCCCGCAGGCAUACCAUUCGGAUCACAAGCCCCAAGAGAGUAUAGCAGAGGCUCUUCACCUGACUGGUUACAUAUGCAGGUUGGAGGUGGUUUUGAAAGAACAACGUAG